AUGCUUGCGAAGCAGCUGGAAAAGCAAGGUAUCGGGAAGCGCAACCAGUCCCCUGUGGCGAAUGUCUCCAACAAGGAGGAGUUCGAGACGGGCUCGGACGUGAACAUCAGCGCUCCCUUCAACUUCCAGCACAAGUACCAUGUGCAAGUCGACCCCUCCUCCUCGACAGGUUUCACUGGCCUUCCUCCUGGCUGGGACGGAUUGCUUCAACAGGCAAACAUCACGAAGAAAGAAGCUCUAGAGCACGGAGACGCGAUCCUCGACAUCCUGCGGUUCCAGCAGGAGCAGGGCUGCGAGCCGCAGCUGCCUACUGCCCAGCAAGCAAGCAUGGAGGCGAAAAUGGCUGUGCAAUUUUUGAACGAGAAUCCCGCAGAUCACUACAAGAUGCCUCCGAAGAGCAUCGGGCAAGGAGGAAUGGGAACAAUUUAUCGUGGGACCAAGGAUGGAAAGGAUUAUGCGAUCAAGAAGCUUGCUCUGUCCAAGCAAACCGAUCUUCCAGCACUCCAGAAUGAGAUUGCAAUGAUGAAGACCAGCGCUCACCCCAACGUGGUCGAGUACUUCGAGUCGUACAUGUUCGAUCGCUGCCUGUGGGUCGUCAUGGAGCUGAUGGACGGAGGGUCUCUGACCAACCUCAUCCAAAAGCGCAAGGAGUUCACGGAGGAGGAGAUGGCUGGUUUCAUGAAGGCUUCCAUCGACGCCAUCGCGUUCCUCCACGGUCAAGGCAGGAUCCACAGAGACAUCAAGUCGGACAACGUUCUUAUCAACUCUCGGGGAGAAGUCAAGAUCGCAGACUUUGGCUUCUGCGUGCAGCUCACACAGGAGAAGGACAUGCGGCAGUCGAUGGUCGGGACGCCUUACUGGAUGGCUCCCGAGCUGGUUCGCGGGCAGACCUAUGACCAGAAGGUGGACGUGUGGUCUCUCGGCAUCAUGCUGAUAGAGAUGGCGGAGAGCGAACCGCCCUACCUUCGAGAGCAGCCUCUUCGAGCUCUGUACCUCAUCGCUACCAAGGGGGAGCCGAAGCUGAAGCAGGAGAGCAAGUACCGCGGAACUUUCAUGGACUUCUACCACAAGUGCCUGAACCCGCUGCCUGCGAAGCGAGCGACGGCCGCGGAACUUCAGAAUCAUCCUUUCCUGGCUUGUGCUUCGUCCCCUGAACACCUGGCCGAGAUCAUCAACAGCAACAAGAAGUAG